AUGUCGUCCGGAAGAAAACUCACAUUUACGGUGUCCUACCUCGUCAGUUCAUGUGGGUUUUCCCUGGAAUCUGCUAAAUCUCGCGCCAGGUACAUUCAUUUGAAUUCGCCAGAGAAACCGGAUUCUGUCCUUAAGCUACUGAAGAGCUAUGGAUUCACCAAUAAACAGAUCACUAGAGUUGUCUAUUCGAAUCCCAAGAUUCUUCUAGUUAGUGAAGGCAUCAUUCUUCCAAAGCUUGAGUUUCUUGGCUCCAUCGGAUUCUCGGGUGACCAGAGAACAAAGUUUAUCACGUCGAGCCCGAAUGUUCUGGCUUCUAGCUUGAGCAACAGCCUCAUCCCUGCUUACGUCGCCCUGAAGAGUCUACUCGGCCAGGAUGAAAUCGUGCAAUGUCUGAAACGUAGUCCACGGCUGCUUGUGACGGAGUGCAGAAGCAUUUAUGUCUUAUCCUGCAGAGCCGACAAAAUUGAAGUUUGUAUACGCAGUGGCUGUGAUUUGUCAGGUGCAGGAAUCGACAUGGGAACACAAAGUCGAUGUGUUCAAAAGCUUGGGAUGGUCAGAGGAGGAUAUCCUAUCAGCUUUCAAGGUGGCUCCCCUCACAAUGGCAUACUCGGAGAAAAAAAAAGGAAUGUGGUGGAAUUCUUUGUGGAUACGAUGGGGUUGACGCCUUCUGUUAUAGCCAAGGCCCCGGCGAUAAUGGGACUGAGCCUUGAGAAGAGAAUCAGACCGAGGUGCUUGGUGAUGUCAACCUUGCUGUCUGCAAGCUUGCUGAAGAAAGGCACUUUUACCUGUCCUUAUGUAUUGACAAUAGGAGAGAAGAUAUUCAUGGAGAGGUUUGUGACGAAAUACUGCAAAGAUGCUCCUGGGAAAACAUCAGGUUGACUCACAGGACAGACAGUGAUCUCAGGUGGGCUGGUAGUGGGUCUGGUUUUGGUCCCUGGCCUGUUGUCAAAGCUCUGAUUCUUGUUUUCAAAACAGCUUGUCAAGGCAACUUCAUAAUAAUGUGGUGCUUUGACCUUGGCAGGUUUUUUAGAUUAACAAAAAUUUUUGGGGAUUGGGGAUAGGUAGGUUCUUGCGUAUUUUGUCUUUAACAGAACAGUGUGUAUUGUGUGGUUUAAUCAUUGUAGAGCUCGACGGAUAUUUGAAAAGAAGAAAGAG